UCCUCAGACGCCAAGAUGCGGGUCGUGGCGCCCCGAACCCUCCUCCUGCUGCUCUCGACGGCCCUGACCCUGACCGAGACCUGGGCCGGUGAGUGCGGGGUCGGGAGGGAAAUGGCCUCUCCGGGGAAGAGCGAGGGGACCGCAGGCGGGGUCGCAGGACCCGGGGAGCCACGCGGGGAGGAGGGUCGGGCGGGUCUCAGCCUCUCCUCGCCCCCAGGCUCUCACUCCAUGAGGUAUUUCCACACCGCCGUGUCCCGGGCCGGCAGCGGGGAGCCCCGCUUCAUCUCCGUGGGCUACGUGGACGACAUGCAGUUCCUGCGGUUCGACAGUGACGCCGAGAGUCCAAGGAUGGAGCCGCGGGCGCAGUGGGUGGAGCAGGAGGGGCCGGAGUAUUGGGAAGAGCAGACACGGAUCGCCAAGGCCCACGCACAGACUUUCCGAGGGUGCCUGCGGAACCUGCGCGGCUACUACAACCAGAGCGAGGCCGGGUCUCACACCAUCCAGGUAAUGUUUGGCUGCGACCUGGGACCCGACGGGCGCCUCCUCCGCGGGUAUCUCCAGUCCGCCUACGACGGCAAGGAUUACAUCGCCCUGAACGGGGACCUGCGCUCCUGGACCGCGGCAGACACGGCGGCUCAGAACACCCAGCGCAAGCUGGAGGCGGCCGGUGUGGCAGAGCAGAUGAGAGCCCACCUGGAGGGCGAGUGCGUGGAGUGGCUCCGCAGACACCUGGAGAACGGGAAGGAGACUCUGCAGCGCGCGGAUCCCCCAAAGACACACGUGACCCACCACCCCGUCUCUGACCAUGAGGCCACCCUGAGGUGCUGGGCCCUGGGCUUCUACCCUGCAGAGGUCACACUGACCUGGCAGCGGGAUGGGGAAGACCAAACUCAGGACACGGAGCUUAUGGAGACCAGGCCAGGAGGAGAUGGAACCUUCCAGAAGUGGGGAGCUGUGGUGGUGCCUUCUGGAGAAGAGCAGAGAUACACGUGCCAUGUGCAGCAAGAGGGGCUGCCAGAGCCCCUCACCCUGAGAUGGGAGCCGUCUUCCCAGUCCACCAUCCCCAUCGUGGGCAUCGUUGCUGGCCUGGCUGUCCUGGCAGUUGUGGUCACCGGAGCUGUGGUCGCUGCUGUGAUGUGGAGGAGGAAGAGCUCAGGUGGAGAAGGAGGGAGCUACUCUCAGGCUGCGUGUAAGUGGUGGAGGUGGGAGUGUGGAGGAGCUCACCCACCCCAUAAUUCCUCCUGUCCUGUGUCUCCUGCGGGCUCUGACCAGGUCCUGUUUUUGUUCUACCCCCGCCAGCGACAGUGCCCAGGGCUCUGAUGUGUCUCUCACGGCUUGAAGAGCCUGAGACAGCUGUCUUGUGUGGGACUGAGAUGCAGGAUUUCUUCACACCUCCCUUUUGUGACUUCAGGAGACUCUGGCAUCUCUUUCUGCAAAGGCAUCUGAAUAUGUCUGCGUCCCUGUUAGCAUAAUGUGAGGAGGUGGAGAGACAACUCACCCCCGUGUCCACCGUGACCCCUGUUCCCACGCUGACCAGUGUUUCCUCCCCAGUCAUCUUUCCUGUUCCAGAGAGGUGGGGUUGGAUGUCUCCAUCUCAGUCUCAACUUUAUGUGCACUGAGCUGCAACUUCUUACUUCCCUACUGAAAAUAAGAAUCUGAAUAUAAAUUUGUUUUCUCAAAUAUCUGCUAUGAGAGGUUAAUGGAUUAAUAAGUCAAAUCCUAGAAUUUGAGAGAGCAAAUAAAGACCUGAGAACCUUCCAGAA